AGGUGUGGCGGCUGCGCUCGCAAGAACGCACCGCCGAAGCUGGUCGCUAAAUGGUUGAACGUUCAUCAUAUCAUUAUAAUAUACAAAGAAGAGGCUUCAGGCAUACAAAGGUUCAUAAGCUGUAUCCUAGAAAUCAAGUCCGUCAUGAUGUGGAUGAUUGAUUAUGUGUGUACCAAUCUAGGCCAAGGCCGUUUGUUAAUUCCCAUGCGAAUGAAAAAAGCCCCGCCUUCAUGAUCACGACCCGAGGCCGACGACGAGCGAGGACGGCACAAGGCGGCGAGCCGCCU